AUGGAUGAAUAUUGGAAGAGAAAUGGCCAAAUACCAGCUUUUGGGAACUGGGAGAAUGCAAACGAGUUGCCGAUAACUCAGUAUUUUGAGAAUGCAAGACAAGCUGGUUUGAUUCGUUACAGUUCUUCAUCUGGUGACACUGAUCCUGAUCUUUAUGGGGUUGAUUUUAAGAAACUUGGAAAGACGACGAGGAACAGAGAAACAACCAUGAGAAAACAGAGCAAAGUGUACGAUGUAACGGAACAUCCAAGGAAACCAAUGAACAACAAGAAGAAGACAUUACAUGUAAACGACGUCGUCGUUCGAAAGGCUCCUUUACCGACCAGACUUCCGAAACCAGUUGAUGAAGAUCUCUACAAAAUAUCUCCUGAACUUCUUCGCACUACCAAACGGAAGAAAAUGUUGGGUUUCAUUUCCAAGUGUCUGGUCCCUACUGCCUGUGUUUCAUGA